AUGCCGUUCUAUGUGCUACCAGAGUUGACAGCAACACUUUCCGUUCGAAAGGUCAGCACCGGUCAAUGGAUUCUUCCUAGCAGCAUCGUGUUGGCAGACCCGCAGUUCAGUGAUCCAGGACCCAUCGAUAUCAUCAUUGGAGCGGAGUAUUACUUUGAUCUCCUUACCGAUGGGCGCAGCAAGAUAUCGAAAACCGGCCCAACUCUGCAGAACACCGUCUUUGGCUGGGUCGUGUCUGGUCCCAUUCCAAAUCAACCAGUAAAUCCGCCUCAAGCAGUGUUAUAUUCAUGUACACUAGCGGACAUCCAAGACCAGUUAGCACGAUUUUGGGAGCUGGAAUCCUGCAAAUCCAGCAGCAUCCAUUCUGUGGAAGAGUCAGCGUGCGAAGCUGUUUUCGACGAAACAACAACACGGGACAGCAGUGGAAGAUUUGUAGUGUCCCUACCGAAGAAGGAGUUCGUGAUGCAGCAGCUUGGAGAAUCUGAACUAAUCGCUACUAAACGUUUUCUCGCCCUGGAAAGACGCUUGGAAGCAAAUCCAGAUCUGAAAGCUCAGUACCAGGAUUUUAUUCACGAGUACGAGCGGCUAGGCCAUAUGAAGCAAGUGGACAUCAACGAUUCAGAUUUCCCGAUAUACUUUCUCCCUCACCACGCUGUAUUCAAGCCGGACAGCACCACCACAAAACUGCGUGUGGUGUUCGAUGCGUCUUGCAAAACUUCCACGGGCGUUUCCCUGAACGAUGCGCUAAUGGUCGGUCCAGUCGUGCAAGACGAUCUUUUAUCAAUUCAGCUCCGUUUCCGCCUCCAUCGAAUAGCAGUUGUUGCAGACGUCGAGAAGAUGUACCGAAUGAUAUUGGUGUACCUGUUGGAUCAACGACUUCAAUGCAUCUUGUGCAGAAACUCACCGAACGAGCCAAUCCGUAUCUACCAGUUGACUACAGUCACAUACGGGACAGCGUGCGCACCUUACUUAGCUACCAAGUGUUUGCAGCGUCUAGCAGAGCUUGAGUCCGACAAGUAUCCCGUUGCAGCGAAGGCGAUGAAGAAUGAUUUUUACGUCGAUGACAUGUUGACUGGAGCCGAUGACAUCGAAGCCAUUAUCCGUUUGGUGAAGGAAAUGGUUGAGCUAACCUCCUCGGGUGGAUUUAACUUGAGAAAGUGGAAUUCCAACUCCAGUGCUCUUCUGGCUGAGUUACCAACUCAUCUCGUAGAUGAUCAAUCUGCCUUGGACCUUGAUAUGUCGAACGCUCCUGUCAAAACAUUAGGUUUGCUGUGGAAUACGAGCACUGAUUGCUUCCUAUUUCGGUCACCCGUCUGGAAUGCAGAUGCAGUUAUUACCAAACGAGUUGUACUUGCGGACACGGCUCGAUUAUUCGAUCCUCUUGGCCUGGUGGGACCAGUCGUCAUCAUUGCGAAGAUGUUCGUGCAAGAGUGA